AUGAAGAGUACUGAAGCUCCAUUACUGGUGAAGACAAAACAACCAGAAGCAGCAGAAGAGAAAGAGAAGAUACGAUGGGAGAAGAUAAAGAGAGUUGCUUCAAUGGCUGUUCCAAUGCUCGCAGUGAACAUGUCUCAGUUUCUUCUUCAAGUAACUUCUACGAUGAUUGUUGGUCACCGGAGCGAACUCGCUCUCGCCGGAAUCGCCCUUGGAAGCUCCUUUUCUAACGUCACCGGUUUUGGUGUCCUCUUUGGACUAUCAGGUGCAUUGGAAACACUAUGUGGCCAAGCAUUUGGAGCAGAACAAUACCACAAGCUUGGAUCCUACACUUUCACUUCCAUGGUUUAUAUCAUGAUGAUCGCUUUUCCUAUUUCGAUUUUCUGGAUGUUCAUGAACAAGAUCUUGAUUCUGCUUCAUCAAGACCCUCAAGUGGCAGAGUUAGCUUCCAUUUACUGCCUCUGGCUCAUACCAGCACUAUUCGCUUACUCCAUUCUCGAGCCGCUGGUUCGAUAUUUUCAGUCACAAAAACUAAUAUUUCCAAUGGUUUUGAGCUCUCUAGCCGCUCUCGCUUUCCAUGUCCCUCUCUGUUGGCUACUGGUUCACACAUUCGACUUUGGUGUCAAAGGAGCAGCUGUGUCUACCGGUAUCUCGUAUUGGCUUAACGCGGUUUUCCUUUGGGUUUACAUGAAACGCUCUCGAGCGUGCUUGAAAACGCGGAUUUAUUUGUCAAAGGAUGUGUUUCUUCACACAAGAAUCUUCUUUAAAUUUGCGGUUCCUUCUGCAAUGAUGUGUUGCCUUGAGUGGUUAGCUUUCGAGGUGAUAACUCUCCUGUCUGGUUUACUACCUAACUCAAAACUCGAAACUUCGGUUAUAUCCAUUUGCCUCACAACAUCUUCUUUGCACUUCAAUUUGGUAAAUGGAAUCGGUGAUGCAGCAAGUACCAAUGUGGCAAAUGAGCUAGGAGCUGGGAAUCCGCGUGGGGCUCGUGCUUCUGCUUCAGCCGCAAUAAUAAUAGCGGCUGUUGAGUCAGUUGUUGUGAGCUCUGCUCUCUUCUUAUCCCGCAAUGUAUGGCCUUUUGCUUAUACCAAUGUGGAGGAAGUAACUCGCUAUGUGACCGAGAUCACUCCCAUUCUUUGCAUUUCAAUCCUCAUGGACAGCUUCUUGACCGUCCUCGCCGGGAUUGUGAGAGGAACAGGGUGGCAGAAAAUUGGAGCUUAUGUGAACAUAGCUUCUUAUUACAUCAUUGGUAUUCCCAUAGGACUUCUACUAUGCUUCCAUCUUCACUUCAAUGUGAAAGGACUUUGGGCUGGUUUAGUCUCAGGAUCAACAUUACAAACCCUACUCCUCUUUCUUGUUAUUGGAUUCACCAAUUGGAAAAAAGAGGCAAACAAGGCUAGGGAGAGAAUGCUUGAUGAAAAAGUUUCAAGACAUGACUCAUUGGUUAACUGA